AUGGCAAUUGUACUUCCCACCUGCAGCAAUGUCCAGAAUGACGAAUAUAGGAAAGCCAUGUCCGAUUUAUGGCAGAAACCGAGAGAGAAUGCGGCGAAGGCUUCGAAGACUGUACAGAAAAGCGCGACGAUGAAACAUAAGAAGGAGACGUAG